AUGGAAAGUGUACUCAAACUUGAUUCUACAGUAAUCCAGGAAAAUGAAGCUUCUCCCCAAACUUUCUGCUCUAUCCCGUCAUGCCAUUCUCUUUUUACAUCCGACUCGACAGCAUUUCACUUGCCUUCUACCGGAAUGUUGGUGUGCAGUGACUGCUAUAAGUUAUACUUGAAAAGUGAGUACGAGAAAGUAAUUGCGGCAGAAAGAGGAGCAGUGAAUGAAAAAUCGGAGUGUGAUUCGCCUCUGCCUGAAGCUUGUAAAAGCUCAGUGGAAGACAAUUUAGUAUUCAACUUGGAAGAAGAGUCAAUGGAAGUUGAAUCCCCUGUGGAAGAGUGGAACAUGCCAGCUGCUAAGACCCAGAUAUAUCCUAUUGCAAACCAGUCAAAUACCGAAUUUCAAUAUUCUGAAGAAUACAAUUAUGGCGUGGACCCAAGUUUACUUCUCCCAUAUUCAUAUCAAGAAUCAAACAUUUUGUGCAAUAUUGAUGCUUACCAAAAUCCAUCAUAUCAGCCGAAGAUAUACUUCAACAGCAGCGGUAUCAACUUUUCUGAAAAUUCAGCAAAAAUCCUCACGUAUACUACACUGGAGCCAGCGUCUAGCAGCACUUGCCCGUUAGAAACACCAAUCACAGAUAAUCCUGGCAUUAGUUGUCAAGAAGAGACCAUUGCCUACCCACCAGAGAUGCAAGAGAGAAAAACUGAGAGCGAUAAGAACUCAGAAACUCAAGAACCACAAAGUGAGAAUAUACAGAAAGGUCAAAAUUGCGCUAAUGAAUAUUGUAAACAGAAACUACUCCCAAAAAGAAACGCCCUACAUCCUGUGACACAAAAAAGAGUUUGCCAAACCUGUCAAACAUAUUACAAAAGGAAUGGGAAAGAUCGAGAACUUACAACAACAAGAAAAACAGAAAAUGAUGAAACAAAGAACUCACUAUCAGAAACUCAAGAAUCACAAAGUGAGACUAUCCAGGAAAGUCAAAAAUGCGCCAACAACAUCUGUAAGCAAACUCUACUUCUGGGAAAAAUUAGUGUUCAUCCUGUAACUAAAGAAAAGAUUUGCAGACCAUGUUAUGAUUACCACAGAAAAACAGGGAGAGACCGUCUAAAAGUGAUCGUAACGAGGAAAAAAAGAGAAGAACACGAAACACAUUGCGCCAAUCCAUAUUGCAAACAACCACUACUCCCAAGAAGAAACGCCCUACAUCCUGUGACACAGAAAAGAGUUUGCCCAGCUUGUUGUAUAUAUUAUGAAAGAAAUGGAAGAGACCGAGGAUUUAUGACAUUAAAAAUAAGAAAAAGAGAAAGUCAUGAAACAAAUUGUGCUAACAAUCUCUGUCAACAGCUGCUACUUCCGAAACACUUCAGACCUCAUCCUGUUACUAAAGAGAAGCUUUGCAUAUGUGUCUAUCAGCGUGGGAAUCUGAGACAUCCGGAGACUGGAAAAUGGAUAUAUAGUAACUGCUUGAGGCGUUACUUUGUAGGCAGUGGAAAAUGGAGUGCAAAAGGAGAAAAAGCAUGCUAUGCCUACCACAAAAAAAAUGGAAAAGACCGAGAAAAAGUGUGGACUGCGUCUAGGCGUGUGAAUGAAACAAAAGGGUUUACUGUAAUAAAGUUGAAGGAGAAGAAGCGAAACAACUCACGGCAGGCCGAGGGAAUGUUUUCAUCUGAAAAUAAUGAAAAACAUGAUGUGGACGAUCAGAAAAUGGUAGGAACAAAACUGAAGGAGUUAGACUGUGAUAGAUAUGGAAGUUUAUCAGAUAUGAUGUCCAUAUCUUCUGGCGAUGAUUCAAGAGAAGAGUCUUCAGAAUCAGAUUGCGAGUCUGAUUUAUCUGAAAUGGAUUUCGAAAGAAAAAUUUAUGCUUCCUUUUUUGUCUGUAAAGUUAUAAAGAUUGCUUCCACAAAUUAUAAAUAUCAGAACAUUAUGAUCAAAGAUUGUUAUGUCUGA